CUUGCAAAUGCUAUUUCCCAUCUCAAACAAAAUGGCUUUCAUGUUUUGGGCUCUCAUUGUAACUACUCUCACCCUUCAACUAGCCAUUACGAGUGCACAAACACCAGCUGCCUCACCUUCCAGUACGCCAACCACCACCACCACUCCUCCACCUUCAACUUCGCCACCACCUACAACUUCCGCACCACCUCCUUCAACAACCCCUCCACCUACAACUUCAGCACCACCUCCUUCAACAGCAACGCCUCCACCUUCCACCACGCCCAUCGCGCCAGCUCAACCACCUGCAACAACUCCCCCUCCCACUGUUGCACCAGCUACAAGCCCAACUGUCCCACCGCCACAAACUCCACCACCUCAACCACCUCAAACUCCUCCAACCACAGCUCCAGCUCAACCGCCAGCAGUGCCACCACCAUCACCACCACCAGUAUCUCCUGCACCAGCACCAGCUCAGAAACCACCAGCUCCUGCACCAGUAAAGCUGCCCCCAGCACCUGCACCCAUUACUUUGCCACCGGCUCCUGCACCAGCUCCCACCAAGCACAAGAGAAGGCACAGGCACAGGCGCAGGAGACACCACCAUGCACCAGCACCAGCACCAACAGUUCCAAGCCCCCCAGCACCACCUGCAGUGCCAACUACAGAUGACACGACACCAGCACCAUCACCUAGUCUCAAUUUGAAUGGAGGAGAUUCAUUGUUGGUGGCAGGAACAAAGCUUUGGUGGGCAAGGACAGGAUUGACUAUUGCCAUUUUGAUCGCUAUUACAGGCUAUAGUUUCUAGGAACUCAUAAGCUAAGGGGUGAUUGUGAUUUACUUUACAAUUCCUUGUCAUACCUUUUUUCUUUUUGGUUUGAAUUUCUCUGUCACAUAACAGAGAAUAUUGUUUCAUUUGUGUAACAAAAUAAAUUGAAAUUUUAUUAGAAA